GUCUCGCUCUUUUCCGACUGUCCUUUAAGUUGUCUGCUCCACUUGCACGAUUGAAUUGGUUUGUUGUUUGACUUCUGCUUUACACACAGUCGGCGCUAUUUUUUGAGUUUUACGCAGUUCUACAACACUGAGUGAUCAUUUUGGGUGCGGGCCAAACUCUCCCAUUGCCCCAAAUCUUCACGUAAUAGAACAGGGUUAUGUUAGUGGUUAGCUCGUUAGCUAGCUACUAGCAUUCCCCCUUUUUGUUUGAAUGGUCGACGAUCUCAAUGAAUUGGAUCCGUUCUUGUAUUCCCCAACGCGAGGAAGGGUGUGAGCUAGUUUAAGAACAUUAUUGUUUCAAAAUGGACCUUAACUUUUAUGCUGGGCUGUCCGAUGGAUGUGCUCAAAAUGUUGAUCCGGAGUUUUUGGACAGCCAAGCGUAUGGUGGAUACCCCGAAGGAAACAAGUUUUCCGAAGGCAGCGAUAGUUAUCUAACCAUGGGUGGUGGUGCUCAUCACUUUUUGACCGCUGAGCAAACCUUCCACACCCCCAGUCUCGGGGAUGAAGUUUUCGAGAUCCCUCCCAUUUCACUCGACCCGGACUCGUCCCUCAGCCUUAAUGACGCCGUGUCCCACUUCGAUUUAGCUGACGGGUCAGGGGGCGCCGUGGGACCUCCAGCUGCUCGGAGCCUCGUUAGCAACCUGGUGGUGGAGGCUAGUGAUCCAUCUUUUGCAUCAACCUUCGUGAACAGCAGCUCCCAAGGCCUGGAACAUCUUAACAUGGAAGCCAUGGCUCAGACCAGUGGAGGAACCCUGCUCAGUUCCUCAUCACUGGAGCUGGGUGAUAGCAGCGGGUCCCAUUUUAGCAGUUCGUCCCCAAUGACCAUCGACGUUCAACUUGCCGACAUUGCACACGGCCUCAUGGGAAGCGGUCAGUUGACUACGAUCAACCAGACGGAGCUGGCAAUGGGCCUGGGAGCAGGCGGACAUCCUGCAGAGGCCUCAGAACAGAAGCCACUCUCACCGUCUUCUCCAGUUGGCUCCUUACAAGACGAGGACAUGGAUGACUUCAAGAGGAGCCUGCUGGUGGACUCCCCCAUGUCUCUCUCCUCAUCCUACCCAGCUCUGCAGUCCUCCGUCACCUUGGCCACAGCCAAAAGGGGCUUGGGGACGCCGACCACAUCGCAACCAGUUGCAGUGGUGGCAAAAAAAGGGAGGAAGAAGAAAGACCCAAAUGAGCCGCAAAAGCCAGUUUCUGCAUAUGCUCUGUUCUUCAGAGACACCCAGGCUGCCAUCAAGGGCCAGAAUCCAAAUGCAUCUUUUGGGGAGGUUUCAAAGAUUGUGGCGUCCAUGUGGGACAGCCUGGCCGAGGAGCAGAAACAGGUGUAUAAAAGAAAAACAGAUUCCGCAAAAAAGGAGUACUUGAAAGCCCUUGCAGCUUAUCGAGCCAAUCAGCUGUCACAGCCUGCCUCCGAGGAGGUGGAAGCUGCAUCUUCACCAUCUCCACCGCAGGUCAGCCAAACUCCCGCAGUCAUCCGUCCGGUCAAUAACCCCGAAGAGAACACCAUCACCAACAUUUGUGCCUCCAACAUCAUUCUGGACGUCCCAGAGAUGGCAACACGGUCCCGCACGGGGGCAAACAAACCGGUAGUAGCCGCGGCAGUCCCCCCGGCCCAGGCCAUCACCAAGAUACUAAUCCCAAAGCACCUGCUGCGGGCGGGGGGCCAGCUUGUCACGCUAUUACCCGGGGGUGUCCACGGCUUGCAGCCUACCCUCCUGGUGGCAGGUGCCCCCCGCCAGCCGCCACCCCUGCAGCAGAUGCAGAACGCGCCACCUCCGCCGCCGCUCCAACAGAUGGCGCCAGCGCCGCCGCGUUUGCUGGCUAAGCCCCGCGAGGGUGGGAGCGCGCCGGGGCCCGCCGUGACCAUCACAGCUGCACCUCCGCCUCCGCUGCAGAUAAAAAUAGUUCCCGCGUCUUUUCAGAGAAAGGACACGCUGCCCAUCAUCAUCCCCGCCACAGUGGCGUCAGUCGUGUCUGCAUCCACACCUGCGCCCGCCAUGCAGGUGGCGCAGUCUGCUGAGUCAGCAGGUCAGCAUGAGGAGGAGGAGGUAGUCUCAGAGGUGCUGCCCUCAGAAGAGGAUGAGAUGGAGGUGAACGAGUCAUGCGAGGCGGCAGCGUGCGUGUGCGUGAGGUCGGGCUGCACCAACCCAGCAGUGGAGAGCGAAGACUGGGAUAAAGAGUACUGCAGCAACGAAUGUGUGGCCUCCCACUGCAGUGAUAUUUUCAAGGCGUGGUGCUCCAUCAGGAACCAGACAAUGGGAACAGUGAAAUAGAAGACCGUUAGUCAGGGUGGUGAUGUCAGUCCUUAAUCAAGGCUCUAAAGCAUCUUGAAGGUUUCUUGACGCAAGUAUGCAAACAUUUUUGUUUCAGUAGUUUGACAUGCUGAUUAUUCUUUUUAUAUAUACAGUAUAUAGUCCCUGUUUUGUAAAUACCAUCCUUAACUUAGCUGAAAAAGAGUGACUAUUACGUUGUGCUUUUUGUACUCCCAACUUAACAUUUUUGUAAUAAAUGAGCACAACUUGCACACUGUUAAUGUUAAGGGAUAUUAUCACAAAUCAAUACUUCUUCACACAGCAAUAUGUAAUCAUUGAUUGCUGAUGUAGAGGUCAUCUUUCAGGUUAUGUCCACGGCGCAUUGGAAAGGUCACAUGUACAGCUGUUGUGAUGGGAAUGUGAAAAUAAAGGUUGGUUGUGUGCGAUAACCAAA